AUGCCGCCCAAGGCACCUCCUGUGCUCUUCUUCCUCGACCCYGUGAAUAAGCCGUCGGCGAGCAAAACCGCCAAGGCGAAGAAAGAUAUCCGCUCACAUGUUACGGCGCAACAACAUCGUUCCCGGAAAUAUCAGCGGCGACAAGAUUCUGAAGCUGCAAAGGUGAAAUGGAUCGUAGAGUUGGAGAGACGUGGAUGGGAAGAAAAGGAUAAGCAAAAAAAGAAUGCAGAAGGAGAAGAAGAGGCCUACGACCAACUCCUCCCAAUCAUCCCCGCCUCCUCUGACCUCUCCAAUCCCAUUACAGCAGCAUUCCGCCGCGGAACCCUCGCCUUCCAACUCUACAUCCUCGACGACCCAUCCAAUCACAUUGGCAGAAUCCUCUCGAACCUAGGAACAGAUGCCAUGAACGUGCUCAAGAACUACGAGCAACUAGUCCUCCUCCAAACUCCCGAAUGGGAACGCCAAUACGCCCCUCUCACCAAACCCGGCAUAGCCUACAAAUACCUCAUCCCAAGCCUCUUCCAAGACCCCGCUCUACUCGCUUCGUGCAURCUCCUCUCCCUCUCCCAACUCAUCGCUUCGCGAAAACAACCCAUCCACCCCCGGAUCAUCCACGGUAUCUUACAGCUUCGCGGAUACGUGAUGAGGGUGAUUAACGCCGCGUUGGAGGAUCCGAAGAGGAGGGCGAGUGAUCAUAUCAUCAUCGCCGUUUUGUUGUUGGCCACUUGUGAGGCUCUGCAUGGGUUGCGGGAGAGUUAUCCCGUGCAUAUGGUCGGCUUGAUGGAUAUGGUGAAUUUUAGGGGCGGAUUGAGGGAGUUGGGGAGUGAAGGGUGCGUAGAGGCUUUUAUUCUCUGGCAAGAUGCCAACAUCGCGAAUAUCGUCGGAGGGAAAACAUACAGCCAUCUCGCGAAAAAUCCAAGUCCGCUCCCCGACGCCAAAGUUGAUAAAGAUCAUUUCCUCGCGGGCGCGGUGCUUACGGCGGAUACCUUUGCUGAGGAGAAUGCGGGCAAGGAUGUUCCGACUUGGUAG